AUGAGCUGGAUGUCGAGCCGGAGAUACAUCCUGCUCAGCCUCCUGGGCGCCGCAGCGGUGGUGUGGCACGCCUUCAGCACCCGCGAGCAGUUCUUCCCUUCCAUGGUCUACCUCAGCUCCUCCAAGUUCUCCCUGGCCGUCCUGGGCAACAUGGCCUUUGCCGUGGCGCUGGGCACCUACAAGCUGCUGCUGCGGGUCUUCCUGGGGCGGCUGCGCGACAGCGAGGUGGAGCGGGUGAACGACAAGGUGGGGCAGGCGGUGGUGGAGACGUGCCUGGCGAUGACCAUCUUCCGGGAAGACUUCACCGCCUCCUUCCUCACGUGA